AUGCCCAUCUCCAAGUUCAUCAACACCUACCACGAACCGUCUGUAUACAACGGUAGCCUGGGGCCAUCCUGGGCCAACAACCCGGGUUCAACACCUCAGUCCGAGAUGUCGGGGCUGAAACAGGCGCUCACGUAUCUGGAGAUAGCGGCCAGUGACGGCAGUCACAUCCACCGCUCGUUCUCGGCUGGUGGCUCACGCUUCGAGCAAUUCUCUUCAG